AUGAGGAAUCUGAGAGCAGAAGUACUGCACAAAAGCGUCAUCCUGAGUAAAGUUAGGGACAAAUGCAGGCCAUGCCGUUGCCACUGGUGUGGAUACAUGAAUGGUGUAACUAAGAAGGGGCCAAAGGACAGAGGAGGCUUGGCAAUUGUUCAUGACUGUAGCAAAACUUUGGACAGAACUACAGAAGAACUUCGGUCUGCUUUAUCACACAAGAAAGAAAAACUAUCCUUUCCUUCUGUUCACCUGUUAGACCCUCAAACCGUCCUCGCUCUUUUCACAAGAAUGACUGAUGAGGACUGUGAACUGCUGAACCUUGGUGACAGACCCGAGAAACUUAUCAUUACAGAGAUUGCAGUGCCACCUGUGCCCAUCCGUCCUUCUGUUUUUGUUGGUGGUAAUAAAAUGAGCAAUGAACAUAGUAUUACUUGCAUAUUGAAGAAUAUUGUUACUGCAAAUCACAUAAUUAAAGAGGCCCUUAAAAAAGGCGAAUCACCCGUGAAUUGCUUUAAUUCCUGGCAAGACCUUCAACUCCAAGUUAUUGAAUAUAUCAACAGUGAUGCCCCCUCUCUUUCUGAUUCACAACAUCGUGGCCUUAUGCAAAGACUCAAAGGGAAGACAGGUCGAUUUCGUGGGAACUUGUCUGGGAAACGUACUGAGUACACUGGGAGGACUGUCAUAUCUCCUGACCCAAAUUUGAGAAUAACAGAGGUGGCUAUUCCUGUUUUGAUGGCUCGAGUCUUGACUUAUCCUGAACGAGUUUCAUAUCAUAACAUAGAGAAGCUGCGCCAAUGUAUACAAAAUGGACCAAAUAAACAUCCAGGGGCAAAUUUUAUAAUACAAUCUGAUGGAACAAAGCUGCACUUAAAGUAUGCUGAUAGAAGGAUCGCCGCACGGGAUUUGAAGUAUGGCUGUAUAGUCGAAAGGCAUUUAGAAGAUGGGGACAUUGUCCUCUUCAACAGACAACCAAGCUUGCAUAGAAUGUCAAUUAUGUCACACAGGGCAAGGAUAAUGCCCUGGAGAACAUUAAGAUUUAAUGAGUCUGUUUGUAACCCUUAUAAUGCUGAUUUUGAUGGAGAUGAGAUGAAUUUGCAUGUCCCACAGACAGAGGAAGCUCGUACUGAAGCAUUGAUGCUUAUGGGGGUUCAGAAUAAUCUAUGUACCCCUAAGAAUGGAGAAAUACUGGUUGCUUCCACACAAGACUUUUUGACCUCGUCUUUUCUAGUCACAAGGAAAGAUACCUUCUAUGACAGGUCUUAUUUUACUCUCUUGUGUUCAUAUCUUGGUGAUGCAAUGGAAUAUAUUGAUCUCCCAACACCAGCCUUAAUUAAGCCUAUUGAGCUUUGGACGGGCAAGCAGUUAUUCAGUGUGUUAGUACGUCCUAACGCGUGUACAAAGGUGUUUCUGAAUCUUACCGUUGAAGAGAAAAUUUACAUGAAACUUAAAGAACGUGACAAAAAGGCGAUUACAGUUUUGGAAGAGACAAUGUGUCCGAAUGAUGGUUUUGUCUACUUCCGAAACAGUGAGCUUUUAUGUGGGCAAGUUGGCAAGAAAACUUUGGGUAAUGGGAAUAACGAGGGCAUGUUCUCUAUUCUUAUAAGAGAUUAUAAUUCUCAUGCUGCAGCGAGUUGUAUGAAUCGUUUGGCAAAGUUUAGUGCAAGAUUUAUAGGGAAUCAUGGUUUCUCAAUUGGUGUGGAUGAUGUCCAACCAGGAGAAAGUUUAAAUCAGAAAAAGAAAAUAACAAUAGAUAUAGGGUAUGAAAAAUGCCAUGAGCUUAUUGCCCUAUAUUCCAAAGGUGACCUCAUACCGCAACCUGGUUGCAACAGAGCUCAAACACUGGAGUCUCAGAUAUCUUGUGUUCUAAAUAAUUUAAGAGAAACGGCCGGAGAUGAUUGUAUGAGUACGCUUCACUGGAGGAACAGCCCAUUGAUUAUGUCUCAGUGUGGAUCUAAAGGUUCUCCAAUCAAUAUUAGUCAGAUGGUUGUAUGUGUUGGACAACAAUCAGUUGGAGGACGCCGUGCCCCAAACGGUUUUAUAGAUCGAACACUUCCCCACUUUCCUAUUAAUUCAAAGACCCCUGCGGCGAAAGGUUUUGUUGCUAAUUCCUUCUAUACGGGUUUGACUGCUACUGAGUUUUUCUUCCAUACGAUGGGUGGACGGGAAGGUCUUGUUGACACAGCGGUAAAAACAGCAGAAACUGGAUAUAUGUCCCGCAGACUAAUGAAGGGUCUUGAAGAUCUCUCAGUUUUCUAUGAUCAGACUGUCCGUAACGCUAGCGGCGGUAUUGUUCAGUUUGUCUAUGGAGAUGAUGGUAUGGAUCCUGUAAAGAUGGAAGGAAAAGGUGGUCGUCCCUUAAAUUUGGACCAAUUGUUUAUGAAAGUCAUGGCCACAUGUCCGCAAAGGGGACAUGACACGUUAUCUCCAGAGUUAAUCUUGCAAAUUUUUAAUGAUAAGCUCUCCGGACAAGAUGCCUCAUCUGGUGGUUGUAGCGAUAAGUUCAAGGAGAUGUUAACAAAAUUCUUUGAGGACCGCAUCAAAAUGCUUAGAAGCACAAGGAGAGCGCUUCAACUAGAUGAAGAUCGUGUGGGAAAGAGGGACUCUAGCAUUGAAGAACGCGUUGCUGCUGAUAUUUCUGGCAUAUCCGCGAAACAACUGCAGGUUUUCUUGGACACUUGCUUAUCUCGUUAUCACUCAAAAAUAAUCGAAGCAGGAGCAUCAAUUGGGGCAAUUGGGGCACAGAGUAUUGGAGAGCCUGGGACCCAAAUGACACUGAAAACCUUCCAUUUUGCAGGAGUAGCUAGCAUGAAUGUUACUCUUGGAGUUCCCCGCAUUAAGGAAAUCAUCAGUGCUGUUAAAAAGAUAAGCACACCAAUUAUCACCACAGAACUUUUGUCUGAGCAGGAUGAGUUGUUUGCAGCCAAAGUGAAACGUUCAAUUGAGAAAGUAGUGCUGGGUGAGGUGGCAGCAGCCAUAAAGAUUAUCUUAAAAUCAAACCAGCCAUAUUUGGUUGUUGAACUCGAUAUGCAGCGCACAGAAGGGUACAUGGGAAUCUCUUCUGACACUGCAGUUUUCAAUACUAAAUGA